CGCUAGUGUCACAUCAAGAUAAAUCAGAGCGAGAGGUAGCGGGUAACUGUCAUGGCCAUGGCCAAGCUGUUUGUCUUUAGCGGUAAGACUGGCCACUUUUGGUCUUAAAUAUAAAGCCAGUCUUACUAAACUAUGGACAUAAAUGGUUUUGUGGAGGAGCCUCGGAGCGGGCUUCCCACUCCGUGUCCUAGAGACCCACACCACCGCCCCGAGUCACACAUGGAUGUUCAGGGCUACAGGUGGGUGCGCUGGCGUGUCUGGCUGUGCCGCUUCGGGGCUGUGUUGUCGCUCGGCCUGCUGCUGCUUGUGUUUCGAUGGCGCCCGCGCUUAAGUGUCCGCUUCCGUUGCCAGUCCUGCCCACUAGCAAUGGCAGACAUUCUUCUUUUAAAGGACAGUUUUGGCCAACAAUAUGUGGUGAAAGUUCUCACAGAAGAGAUGGAGGAGGGCAGCAUGGAGCAAGCCGGGAGAGAGAUGGAGGAGAAUGAAUGGAGAGAUAACGUGCAGUUACACAAAGAGGAGAAAGUGCUGCUGCGAUACUACCUGUUUGAGGGUCUACGGUACAUCUGGAUGGCCAGGAAAGGAGCUUUUUGCCGGGUUAGUGUCCUCAAUGAGGACUGGUCGUGCGGUGACCUUCACCGUUACCAGGAGGGUCUAAGUCGCCUGGAGCAGAGCUCUAGGCGGAAGGUCUAUGGCUCCAACUUAAUAGAUGUACCUGUGAAGUCUUAUCUGCAACUGCUGCUUGAGGAGGUCCUCAACCCAUUCUACAUGUUCCAAGUGUUCAGUGUAACCCUAUGGAUGAUAGACCAAUACUACUACUAUGCCAUCUGCAUACUAGUCAUCUCGUUAGCGUCAAUCAGUAUCUCUCUCUACGAGAUCCGCAGGCAAAGCAGCACUCUCCGCAGUAUGGCCCGCCUUGUAAGCAACGUCACGGUGCGCAGAGGCCUCGGAGCGGAGGAGGAGAGCGUGAGUUCGCUGGAGCUGGUCCCAGGGGACUGUCUGGUGAUCCCCCGGGAGGGGCUGGUGCUGCCCUGUGAUGCCGCCCUGCUGACAGGAGAGUGCCUGGUCAACGAGAGCAUGCUUACAGGUGAGGGUGUUCCUGUGAUGAAGACUGCGCUGCCACCCGGAGGGGGGCAGUACAACCCAGAUGCCCAGCGGAGACACACCCUCUACUGCGGCACACAGCUCAUCCAGGCCAAGGGGGCGGGGCCAGGCAGGAGAGGGGUCAUUGCUGUCGUUACAAACACAGGGUUCUUCACAGCGAAGGGUGACCUAAUAAGCUCCAUCCUCUACCCCCAGCCAAUCAACUUUCACUUCUACAAAGAUGCCUCCAAGUUCUUGCUCAUCCUGGGGAUUGUGGCACUGAUGGGCACAAUAUACAGCUCUGUGGUCCUUAGCAGAACCAAUGCUAAGUGGUGGGAGUGUCUGAUCCGAGUCUUGGAUGUCGUGACCAUAGUUGUUCCCCCCGCCCUGCCUGCCGCCAUCACCACGGGAACCAUCUAUGCCCAGAGGCGGCUGAAGAAACAGGGGGUGUUCUGCAUCAGCCCCCCGCGCAUCAACAUUUGCGGGAAGGUCUCCCUCUUCUGCUUCGACAAGACUGGCACCCUGACGGAGGAGGGUCUGGACGUGUGGGGGGUGAUGGAGGGCGGAGGGGCCGGGUUCUCUGACCUGGUCCCAGACCCCCAGCUCCUUUCCCCGGGGCCCUUACUGUCUGCCCUGGCCUGCUGCCACAGUGUGGUGCUGCUUGGGGGCCAGCCCCUGGGAGACCCUUUGGAGCUCAAGAUGAUUGAGUCGACUGGAUGGGAGUUGGAGGAGCCAGAAGGAGAUGAGAAGAUGUUGGAGGAGUUGGGAGGUCACAGGGUGUUGGCGGUGAUGAGACCACCUUCCCAGCAACUCCAGGCUGAAGCCAUGCCCCUCCGCAAGACCACCGCUAUUGUGCGGCGCUACCCGUUUUCAUCCUCCCUCCAGAGGAUGAGUGUGGUGACGGUGGCCCCAGGGGGACAAACUGGGCUGGCCUUCAUCAAAGGAGCACCUGAGAUGGUGGCCAGUCUGUGCCUGAGAGAAAGCGUGCCCGCAGAGUUUUCAAACACGCUGCGUAAGUUUGCCAGCAAUGGCUUCAGGGUGCUCGCCCUCGGAUAUAAAAUCCUAGAUCGGGAGACUAAUCUGAAGACUAUUGAACGAGAGGAGGUAGAGAGAGACAUGCAGUUCCUGGGUUUACUGGUGAUGAAAAACCUGGUGAAGCCCGAGAGUGCAGAGGUCAUCAAAACUCUGAGACAAGCGAACCUUCGCACUGUCAUGGUCACAGGUGACAACAUUCUGACGGCGGUGAACGUGGCGGGGAGCUGUGAGAUGGUGGGCUCAGACGAGAGGGUCAUCUUCGUCCACGCCACCCCCCACACCGCCGAGUCAAGACCCACUCUACGAUUCCAUCUUGGAGAGGGAGGGGCCACUUCUAGCCAGAACUCAGCAGAAGUCUUAUCACAGGGCUUGUACCAGAGUGGCAUGAACUAUCACAUGGCCAUCAAUGGCAAGUCUUUCUCUGCCCUGUGUGACCAUUUCCCUGAAUACUUGCCAAAGGUGUUGAUGAGGGGCACAAUCUUUGCCCGGAUGGCCCCUGAACAGAAAACACAGCUGGUGCAAGAGCUGCAGAAACUAAACUACCGCGUGGGCAUGUGCGGAGAUGGAGCCAAUGACUGCGGGGCUCUGAGGGCGGCGGACGUGGGCGUGUCUCUGUCUGAGGCGGAGGCAUCCGUGGCCUCGCCCUUCACCUCCAAGUCUGACAACAUCAGCUGUGUGCCACUGCUCAUCAGGGAGGGCAGGUGCUCUCUGGUGACUUCCUUCAGUCUCUUCAAAUACAUGGCCUUGUACAGUCUGAUUCAGUUCAGUUCUGUGCUUAUCCUCUACACUGUGAAAACCAACCUGGGCGAGUUGCAGUUCCUUUUUGUCGACAUGUUCCUGGUGACUCUGCUCGCGAUCGUGAUGGGUCAGGGCAGGCCCAGCUCUGAGCUGCAUUCCCAGAGGCCCCCAGCUCGCCUGCUAGCGAUGCCUGUCCUGGCGAGCCUGUUUCUGCACACCUGUCUGCUCAUCCUGGGUCAGCUGGGGGCUCUGUUCAUCACCACUUCCCAGGACUGGUUUGUUCCUCUCAAUUCAACAAAAGCAGGGGCAGAUAAUUUACCCAACAUGGAGGAUACAAGCGUGUUUGCCUUGUCAGGCUACCAGUACAUCAUCAUGGCUGUGGUGGUGACCAAAGGCUACCCAUACAAGAAACCUUUGUAUUACAAUGUGGUCUUCUUCUUUCUAAUCCUCAUUUUGUUCGCCCUGAUGAACUGGCUAGUCUUGUACCCCCCUCUGGCUAUUCAAAAUAUACUUCAGCUGUAUGAUUUCCGGGACAUAAAUUUCAAACUUCUACUGGUUGCCGUGGCUGCACUUAACUUCUUCACCUGCUUCGUCCUGGAGGUGCUGAUAGACACAGGGCUGGUCGGCUGUCUGCGCAUGGUCAGAAGGAACCGCGCGUCCAAAAAACUGUAUAAACGUCUGGACGUUGUGCUUUCAGACUCUCCGUCCUGGCCCCCACUGAACCAAUCUCUAUCCUCACCCCAGUGCACAGUGAUUGGCCUGAGCUAGCACCUUGCCUCUAAUUGGACAAUUGUCUUACCAGCCAUAGUGCCACGGGUCUUUGAGCCACGCCCACAAGGCUUAAUUGUGGACCAAACCAAAACUGAACUGUAUGUAUAUUUAUGGACAAUGUGCAGUAUUGUACCACUCGCUGUAACAGUGCAAUCAUGUGUUGAAAUCUUAUUAAUAAAGCCUUUUUUUU